AUGUCGCUGGUGCCGCGGCUGAAUCGCGGCGAAAUCGUGCUCCGCCAUGGCUCUGCCGUCGUCGUCUACGAUGAGCGCUCGCGCCAGCUCUCGCUGCGCGCCAGAUCCCAAGGCCCCUCCGAUGUCGAGCUCGCGAACCCCAACUGCCCCUACUGCCACCGCCCGCUGCGCGACGAGGCGCGAUCCCCCGGCGACGACGUGCCCGACGACAACGACCAUGGCUUCGUGAACCCAGAGUACUUCCGCAUGCUGCACCACAGCCGCCCAAGCUCCGAGACAUCGUCGCGACAGCCCUCUCCUCAGCGAAGGCCGCCUCGCCGAGCGCUGCGUCAAACCUCGGGCGGCUCAGACAUCGGCACUCCGCCGCCGGGCGCUGAGUUCGUGGGCAGCACUCCCGCCACUCCGGCCGCGCCCCACGGCAUCUCCUCUACCGCUUUUAGUCAGGGCUAUUUCAAGACAUUCUUCGUGGAAGAGGGCGAGCUUGGAAGGGGCGGCAAGGGCGUGGUGCUGUUAGUGAAGCACAUGCUCGACGGAGUGUCUUUGGGCCACUUCGCAUGCAAGCGCGUCCCCGUCGGAGACGACCAUGAGUGGCUGGAGAAGGUCUUGGUCGAGGUGCAGCUUCUUCAGAACCUGUCUCACCAGAACCUCGUGUCGUACAGGCACGUCUGGCUGGAAGACUACCAGAUCAGCGCCUUUGGGCCCAGCGUGCCCUGCGCCUUCAUUCUGCAGCAAUACUGCAACGCGGGCGAUCUGCACAAUUACAUCCUGAACCAAACCCAGGCUUCUGUGACCACCCAACAGCUCAAGGAGAGGAUGCGCCGCAGGUCAAAGGGCCAGGCUGAGCCGCCGUCAGGCCUCGCCCAACCCCGCCGCAUGCCCUUUGAGGAAAUCUUCUCCUUUUUCAAAGAUAUCACCGCCGGUUUGCAUCACUUGCACUCUCACGGCUACAUUCAUAGAGACGUGAAACCGCACAAUUGUCUGCUCCACACUACCGGCACUAAGACACGGGUUCUAGUCAGUGAUUUUGGCGAAGUACAAAUGGUCAAUGUUGCUCGAAAGUCCACCGGAGCCACAGGCACAAUCUCAUACUGCGCCCCAGAAGUCCUCCGCCGUGACGCUCGCGGUGAGUUUGGCAACUUCACCACCAAGUCAGACAUCUUUUCGCUGGGCAUGAUCGUCUAUUUCAUGUGCUUUGGCAGACUGCCUUAUCAGAAUGCGGACGACUUGCACGAGGAAAACGAGGAUCUGGAGCAGCUCAGGGCCGAAAUAGCCAGCUGGCAAGGCUUCGACGACGUGCGUAAAGCGCGGUCAGAUCUUCCAGACAAGCUCUACAGCUUCUUGAAAAGGCUGCUGUCCCUCGACCCCGCAGAACGACCCACCACGGAGCAAAUAUUACUUGGGAUAGGCGCCGGAUCCGGACUGGAAGACCUCAACGGCUUCGGGCCCCCAUUCGACGACAUCGGGCCCCGGAUCUCGUCGGCAGACUCGCCUUCCCCCAGCCCGAGCAAGCUGCAGCGCCGCCACUCGACCCAGACGGGCCUCAUGCGCGCCCCGUCGAAACUGCGCCAACAAGCAAACGCCGAAGACCACCGCCCGCCCAGCCCCCCGACGAGCCGCAAGCCGCCGCCGCCGCCGUCGUCGCCGUCGGCCGCCACAGGCAGCCGGACGCCCACGCCCCCCGACUCCGCCGGCCUCAUCCUCCGCAAACGCCAGCUCGACAACUACUCGCCCCCUCCUCCACACCACCACCACCACCACCGCCGCCACUCCUCCGCAUCGCCCACAUCCCCCCCACCAACAACACCGCGCCUCAUGCUCCCCCCUCCCUCCUCCCCCUUUUCCUCCCUCCUCCUCGCCCCCCGCCUCCACGCCCUCCUCGCCUCCCCCGCCGCCGCCUCCUCCAUCAAACUCGCCCUCUUCCUCGCCAAGACCUUAUCCCUCUUCCGCCCCUGCAGCCCCUUCGCCGCCAACCCUUUCGUCGCCUUCCCGUUGCUGUGCCUCGCCGCCCUCGACUUCGCUGGGCCGUCGUUCUUUUUCGCCGUGGCGUCGUGGAAUCAUCACCAUCACUAUUAUCCGUUCGCGGCGGCGGCGGCGACGAGGGGAGGGAGUGGCGGGAGCCGGGGUUGGUGGGGAGAUGGGGGUGGGUUGGGGGGAUUUUGUUGA